GAAUUCUCCGGCACUAGAGAAUUUCGGCAAAAUGAAUUUCGUACGUAUUUUGAGCUUCGUCUUCGCGUUGGUGCUGGCUCUCGGCGCGGUCAGCGCUGCUCCUGAGCCCAGGUGGAAACUCUUCAAGAAAAUUGAGAAAGUGGGACGCAACGUUCGCGAUGGAUUAAUCAAAGCGGGUCCAGCUAUAGCCGUCAUAGGGCAGGCGAAAUCCUUAGGAAAGUAGACUUCAUGAUAAAGCACCAAAGACGCAUUUAGCUUGAAGCACGAUUGUAAAUAAUUAUGAAUCUCCAAUUUAAAUGACCUUAGAUCUUAUCUAAACAGCAUAAGGCAUUUCUAUAUGUACUAUGUCACAUUAUGUUAUGUGGUUCCUCGAUUAUAUUAGUAAUAUUUGACAUACCACAGUCAUUGCCUUUUUCAGAGUGACCGAGUGCAUAUAUUAUUAUAUACAUAUGUUAAAUUAUGUUAGCAUUUAAUAUAGAAUUAGUAAUGUAAGUCAAUUAUGUUAGUAAAUUAAAAAU